GACACCGCGGGGGAGUCCAAUGGAAGCCUUCGUCGCAGCCCGGAGGAGACAAUCGAGUGAGAUUUAACUCGAAAGCGGAGCUGAUUUCAUUAGAUGGGUCUUUAAAGCGCGUCUUUUCUCAACAGCCUUGAUCUGUGGUUUGUCACAUUCGGGUUCAAACUCACCGAUCGGCCUCUAACGGCGUCCGCUCGGCCUUGUUUAUACUGUGCAGGGCUGCUUGAAUCGGGGAAGCAGGCCCGGCUCUCCUGUGCCCGUUUAACGGCCGUCCUGCGGCUGGAGCGUGUUUUGUGCGGAUCGGCCCUUUAGCUCACCAAAGAAUAUGACCCAGAUGCAACAAUGACAUCUAGAUUUGGUAAAACCUACAGCCGCAAGGGCGGUGAGGGCACGUCCAAGUUUGACGAAGUUCUCUCCACCAAGAGAGGCACCCUGAGCACCAAAUGGGGUGACACCACCUACAAGGCCAAGGUGGGCUCAAAGCGUGCUGGCGCUCCCAAGAAUGACUCAGUCCUGGAGGUGUAUAAGAGGCCCCGUACAUGCGGGGACGGUUUGGAUGACCCGUUUGGGUUUGACAGUGAUGAAGAAUCCAAGCCCGUGUCGUCCCGGAGCGGGAGCAAGUCGUCUCCCGCCAAGCCAGCCUCAGCAGAGCCGCCCCAGGCAGAACGACCUGGGGUGUCCCCGGAUACAGGGAGCAGGUCCAGCUUCCAGGGAGCACCUAAGACCCAGCCGAGGGCGAUGGACGACACCCUUCGGUUCUUCAACAGCAGCAGUGCCAGCACAGGAAAGUCCAAGCAGAGCUUGUUGUCCUCGUCGUCAGAGAACCAGCACAGCUACACGUGGUACCAAAACGUUUCUGAGAGCGACAAGAAGCCCCUGGCCCAGACCACCACCCUGAAGACCGGCUCCAAGGCAGAAUCCACCUAUGACUCGUGGGAUGUUAUAAUGGGCCUCCGGCCACCUUCUCCCACACAGGAACCCCGCAACCCCGCCCCUACUCUGUCAUGGGCGUCGGCGGGCGUCACGACGGCAGGCGGCUGUGAGCCGGUGCAAACCCGGCACGAGAAGAUCCCCUCUCCUCCACAGCUGCUCCUCAGCGACAGCGAGGACCUGCAGGGCAACCCUGACCUCACUGAGACGUCGGAUUACUCCCAGAUGUCGACCUCAUCGUCACUUGAAAGGAACUCGAACUGUCGGACAUACAGGAGGCCCAACAAACAGGGCAAAGCCUCAGACUCCAGCAGCUUCGCAGCCACUGUUUUUGGCUCAGAUCUUCCCAAAUCCGCAUCUGACAGCAAUAACAAAACGACAGGCGGCAGAGGGAGCCGGGGCAGGACGAGGGACUACACAGUGUUGCACCCAUCCUCCAUAUCUAUGUGUAACGUCACCAUCCAGGACCGAGUGGUGGAGGAGUUUGGGACUGAUGCAGCACCCUCUUGUGGUAGCGGUAGCGCCGGUUCAGGCAGCACGACGCAGCUGGGAGAGGCCGGAUGGCAGCGGAAGAAGCCGGAACAACAGAAUACAAGGUUCAGGCAGACCCAGACCAAGUCGAAGAAGGACAGUAAGCUGGACCUGUUCGGCUUUGAGGACUCGGAGGCCCAGCAGGAGGAGAACAGUAGCGACAGCGCGGACGGCCGGUCCAGUUACAAAAUCAAAUACUUCGGUUUUGACGACAUGAGCGACAGCGACGGCGCCGAAGACGACGACGGCAGAGCUAAGGAGAGGAGGAGGGCCAAAAAGAAGGCCGCCAUCACCACAGCGACCCCGGUGGUCACCAUAGAGGAAAUGCCAGCUGAUGACCCGCCAGAUCCGUUUGAAAGGCUGGAGGUCCAGGAGAUGCUGGAGGUCCAGGAAAGGCCGGCAGUCAAGGAGAGCAAGAAGAACUCUGAGAAGCAGGAGAGCAGGAUACGAACAGAUGUCCUGGACUUCUCAGAGGACGGCCUCAGGGUGGUGGCCAGCGGCCCGAGGAGGCCACCUCAGGGCAAACCUGCAGAGAAGAACCCGGACACCCUCCGGAGGAUCUUCAGUGCACAAAAGAAGUCUCCCACCAAAGCGGUGUACAACGCCAGGCACUGGACAUUGGAGAGCGAAGAAGAGCCCCCUCCACCGUUCUUCGCGCGAUCACAGACGACUCCCGCCUCAGCCUCGGCUGGAGGCUCCAGUAAGGAGCCCUCUAACUCUCAGAAGGACGAUGGUGUGUUCAAGGCUCCGCCCCCUCCUCCAAAGGUCACGAAGUGCGUCACUGUCCCUACAGAUCCAUACCAGGACACCGUCACUGCACUCAAGUGUCACAAAGAACAUAAAGAGCUGUACACAGUCGUCCAACACGUGAAGCAUUUCAACGACGUGGUGGAGUUCGGGGAAAACCAGGAGUUCACCGAUGACUUUGAAUACCUAGCUACUGGUUUGAAGAGCGGACAGCCUCUCAACACGCGAUGCCUUAGUGUGAUCAGCCUGGCUACACGCUGCGCCAUGCCCAGCUUCAGGAUGCACCUCAGGGCCAGAGGGAAGGUGGCUCAGGUCUUCAAAACGCUCAACGAUGCCCCCCAGCACCCGAACUUGGCUCUGUGCACAGCCUCUCUCAUGUACAUCCUGAGCAGAGACCGGCUCAACAUGGAUCUGGACCGCUCCUGCCUGGACCUGAUGAUCCGCCUGCUCGAACUGGACCAGGACCAGGGGGGCGGGAACGGGGCGGACUCCACGGUCCAUUUCAGUGCCAAGGAGAUCGCCAAAAUAAAGGAGAAGAUCAGGAAGCUGUGCGACACGGUGCACAACAAGCACCUGGACCUGCAGAACAUCACGACGGGUCAUUUGGCCAUGGAGACGUUGCUGUCUCUGACUUCGAAACGAGCAGGUGACUGGUUCAAAGAGGAGCUGCGGCUGCUGGGAGGACUGGACCACAUCGUAGACAAAGUGAAGGAAUGUGUGGAUAACUUGAACCAAGAGGACGAUAAGGAGAAGCUGGUGUCGUCUUUGUGGGGGGCUGAGAGGUGUUUACGCGUGCUGGAGAGUGUGACCGUCCACAACCCCGAGAACCAGAGCUACCUGAUCGCCUACAAGGACUCGCUGCUCAUCAUCUCUUCUGCAAAGUGAGUGAUUACACACAGUCCUCACCCCCGACGUGUUCGAUGUGGAGCCGCUCGGCUCUGCGUGCUUAGAUUCAGCAGUUUUUAUCAUUCAGCACAUCUGCUGAAAACCUCUUUGUACUCGCUGU